AUGACCCACCUGCUGGAUUCCGAGCUGCUCCAGCUAGAGGAGGACAUGGCGCGGGAGGUGGCUCGGCAGGAGAAGCUGGCAGACGUGAUUGCCAUUGCUGGGGGCGACAUGCCGCAGCUGCCCGUGCAGGAGCUAGAGGACAAGGAGGAGAGGCAGCUGCACCGCGAGGUGACGCACAUGGGCGGCGAGCUGCGGUCGAUGCGGCGGGUGCUGCUGGAUCUGAGUGUGGAGCGGUGCAAUGUGGAGCGGGCACUGGAGCACGCGCACUGGCAGGUGGACUCGUUCGACGCCGUCAAGGCCAUGCACAGCACGCAGUUCCACCUCUUGCAGCUGAUGGCGCAGACAGAGGUGCUAAAGGACCUGGUGCAGAUGGAGAGGGAGGAGAACGAGCACGUGGAGAGCUUUGUGCGCCUGGCCCUCGCGGACCUGGAGGCCAGCGGCCCCAACAGCUUCCUGCUCGAAGCGUCCUCCGUGGACCUGCUGGAAACCCUCACCGCCUGCUACAUCAACCAGGGCUCUGGCUUCACUCCGCUGGACGGGCACACGGACCUGGGGUCAGGGUUUGAGGGCGAGGGGGAGGGCUCUUCUGGGGGAGGUAGUCCUGUUGCUGGUGUGGGGGGUGCAGGGGCACAGGGAGCGAGAGCGGGUUUGCCUCUGGGGGUGUCUGAGCGGGUUCGCACUCGCAGUCUGCGUCGCCACCGCAGCAGGCACUCAGAGGAUGGCUUCGAACCCAGCCGUCUGGGUGGCAGCCCUGGGCGCUACAGUCCAGGGCAUGCCGCUCUUGAGCACGCGGGGAGCGGCUCGCCACCCAUGGCGUCACACUCACCGCCCAUUGUUUCUCGCUCGUUCACCCACCAUGGGGGUGCGGCUAGCAAGCUUUCGCAGGCAGGAGCAGGUGGAAUGGCAGGUGGGGGGUAUGGUGAUGAGGAGGACGACGAUGGGUCGGUGGGGAGUGAGGAGGACGAGGAGUACGCUCGUCUCAUGGGGCUCGGAGGCUCGGAAAUGCGUCUGCAGGACCCGCAGCAGCAGCAGCAGAAGCAGCAGGCGCUGGUUCGGCGGUCAGCCACGGCGCCAAUCAAGUCACUCAGGUCUGGAGCGUCCCCGGGCCUGGCGGGAGGCUCGGGAAGCAUGCACGAACGGGAGCCACACGAGAGUCAUUUGGGGGACUCGUCCCUCACUGCUUCUCCUGCUCGAUCAGAAGACUCAACUCUGGAUCCAAUGACCCAGCUCCCUGGUCUCACCCCCAGCAUGCUCUGCGCAAGCCGCAGCCCCGACCGCCCCCGUCCCGCCCCCCGCUCCCGUCCGCCUAUCAGCAAGUUCUCCUCCUCCCCCAGUUCCGCCCUUAACACUGCUGCUGCCCCAGUCAUUCCGAGUUCUGCCCCAACCAAUAGCAGCAUUGCUGGUCCGGGGGGUGAUCGCCCCCCUGCUGCAGCUGCAGCUGCGGCAGGGGCAGCAGGGCCGCACCCAUCAAUGGAGGCAACCCCCAGUGCUAUUGCCCGAACCCGCUCUGCUGGAUCUGACUUCCUCGAGCGAGGCUCGGCCGGGGCUGCCGGUCCGGUAGCUGGGUUGCUUAAGCCAGUGAGGUCUAGGGAGAGAUCUCGCAGCGGCAGUGGGGGCAGGGGGGAAGGGGGCGGCGGCGGGGGCAGCAGGGGUGGGUCGUGGGGAUCUGCAGGGUCACUGGGAGAGCUUGUGGGGGAGGAGGACUUAGAAGCGUUCAUGGAUUAUGAGAGCCAAGAGUCGGUGGUGUCGUCGAGUGAGGCUGAGAUGGCGGAUAAGCGCCGGGACAGGUGGCGCCGAUCCAAGGACAAGAUCCUACGGUCGAAAUCGCGCAAGGGCGAUAAGGCUGGAGCGGCUGCUGCUGCUGCUGGUGCUGCUGGUCGGGGUGGGGGCGGCACUGGUGGGGCUGGCAGUGCUGCUGGUGCUGGGAGUGGCGGCGGGUUUAGAGGCAGGAGAGAGAAGGCGCACGGAUUCGGUUCAGAUGCCACUUUUGCUGAGGAAUUUGAGGAGGCUGAGACAGGGGAUGGAGGGGCGGGGGGCAUGCAUGCGAGCAAGCUGUCUGUGGCGUCAGUGGAUUCUCUCAGUCGCUGGAAUUCCGUUCCCGCCGUCUCUGACGAUUGGGUCGACUCUAUAACCGCUUCUGCUCCUCCUGCUGCUGCCGAGCGAGGAGAUCAGCAGUGGGAGGUGGAGGGUGAGGGCGCCAGCACAGGCAUAGCAGCAGCAGCAGGGGCUGCAGCAGAGGGAACAGCGGAGGGUGCGGCAGAGGCAAGUGCAGGAGAGCUGGCAAGCGUGGAAUCUGCCCCGGCCUUGUUUGUGGGCUUUCAGGCAGGGAAGGACAGCACCGCCAACCCUGACAGCAACCAAUCUGCGUCUGCUUCCCCACCAUCAGCAGCCGUACCAGCCGCAACAGGAGCAGCAACAGGAGGAGGAGGGGGAGGGGGAGGUGCAGCAGGAGGCGGGGAGCCAGGCCUGCCACCAGCAGUGACUCGCACGCGGUCAGCAGAGGUGGCAAGGGGCGCGGCAGCAGGGCACAGGAGCGCGCGGAGUAUCUCCGACAUGCCCCCUCGCCCUCGUUCUGUCUCCAUUGCUGACGACUCUGCUGCCAGCUAUGGCGGCUCUGGUGCUGCCUCUGGGGCUGCGUCUUUGGCUGUCGGGAGUGCGGCUGCGGCUGCUGCUGGUGGUGCUGGUGCUGGUGGGGGUGCUGCAGGUGGUGGCAUGAAGUCGAGUGGCUUAAGGAAGGCGUUGGCCAAAUCCAUAUCGCAGAAGCUUGCUCGCAACAAGACCCGCACCCCCUCGCGCAACACCACCACCGCCUCCUCCACUCCUCUCACGCUCGAGCUAGAGGACCUGCGCCUGCGCCCGUGCGAGCUCUCAGAGGAGAUGCUGCGAUCCAUAGGCGCCAUCUACCUCGCGCACGCCUACCCCGCCCUCUGGGGCGCCGGGGAAGGCCGCAGGGCCGCCGCGCUGCUUGCCUCCGAGCAGAAACGAGUGGCCACAGAUGAGAAGAUCGAGAAGAUCCUCAAUCCGACGGCUCUCGAGGUGCUGGCGGUUUCGUCCCGUAGCAGCCCGGGCGGGAAGAAGGCGGGUGGCGGGACGAGGACGAGGAAGAAGUCGGAGGAUCCGUGGGAGGUGGUGGCGGCUGCACUGGGGAGUGUGGGGCCGGGGGGAGCAGGGGGAGGUGAAUCUGGUGCAGGUGGCAUCUGCCUGUCCCCGCAGCCAAUCAGUGCGUCUGGUUCAGGGUCGAGUCAGGGGGGGGAGGCAGGAGGGGGUGGGAGCCCACAGUAUCACUCCCAGCAGCAGCAGCAGCAGCAGCACCAGCAGCCGAGCCCUCUCUCUCCUGGUAGCAAUGCCACAACCCCUUCAGCAUCAUCAACAGCAGCUGCAGCAGCUGCUGCAGGUUCAUCGCUCACCACCUCUCCUUCUGUCACUUCCUCGCCCUCGUCCUUCUCCUCCCUCCCCUCGUCUUCCUCCCUCGCCUCUGUCGCUUCUCUACCCUCCUCCUCCUACUCCAGCAUCCGCAAGGGCGAGGCAGGGUCACGCUCCCGAAGGGCGUCCGGGUCAGCAGCAGUGCCUGCCACUCCGCGCACCGCCUGGCUCCGUGCCUCCCUGGCUGUCUUCCAGAACGCGGACAAGGGCGCAGGGGGAGGGGCGGGAGGGGGAGGAGGGUGGGUGGCAGGCGGUGGUGAGGUGGGAGGGAGUGGGAGUGAGCAGAUGGGGGAGCUGGGGGGGAUAGCUGGGAGUGGGGCUGUGGCCGCUGGGUUGCAGCAUCCUGCCACAAGGAGCAAUAGUUAUGGGAGUGCGAGUGGGUUUGGCAGCAGUGGCAGCUUGAGAAGCAGCAGCAGUGGGAAUGGUGGUGCUAUUUCUGGUGCUGGUGGCGCCGGUGGUGGGGGCGCUGGUGCUGGUGAUGCUGCUGGUGCGGCUGGUGCUCUGUUCAGUUCAGCAGACCCUUCCGCUGCACAUGCAAGCACUGACCGCCCUUCCCGCGCCAUCACUCGAACCUCCUCCACCCCUGUCCUCCAUACAGCCUCCCCCAUCACCACGCCAGCAGCAGGCAACACAUCAGCAGCACCCAAUUCAACCCCUCCGUCUUCCUCCCCACUCCCUGCCGCGCCGUCAGCGGCCAUAGGAGGGGGCAUAGCGGUGGGGAGUGCGGCGCUGGCAGUGGAGGGGUUUGUGGACCCGUAUGGCGUGCUGGAGUUCCACCCGUGCCCGCCUGUGGGGGCGUAUGGCGCCGCCAUGGAGGUCACGUCUGUGCCCAGCGAUGAUAAGUACAGCAACGUGGAUAUCUUCUCGCUCUGCCGCUACAGGAUGCUAGCGGAGCAGCUAUCGGAUCUGGAUCCCUCAUACCUCUCCGAGGACGAGAAGCUCGCCUUCUGGCUCAACCUCUACAACGCGCUGCUGCUGCACUCCUUCCUGAUCAACGGCUACCCCACAACACACGCAAAGCGCAUCUCCAUGCUCACUCAGGCCACAUUCAUUAUCGGCAACCUGCCUAUCAACGCCCUGGAGAUAGAAUUCGCUGUGCUCCGAGCACCCACCUACCGCUCCUCUCUGGCCAAGGCCCUAAAGAGCCGUCCCUUCGCAUAUGACGACCCCAGGGUGGGUUGGGCGCUCACAGUGGGGGAACCCAACGUAUCCUUCGCUCUCUGCCCCGGAAGCUUCUGCGCACCUGCCCUACGGGUGUACUCGGCUCGCACUGUGCAUGCCGAGCUAGAGGAGGCCAAGGAUAACUUCCUGGAAGUUGCCAUAGGCAUGAGCCGUGAUGACCGAAUCAUUCUUCCCAAGAUUCUUGACUGGUAUUGCCCUGACUUCACGGAUUCACUGCCUGCUCUGCUAGAGUGGGCCCUGAACCAAUUGCCGCCUGCCCCACGUGUUGCCAUUGCCAAACGGAUGGCUCAGAAGCGGAACCCAACCAUUGAACAGUGCGUUGAAGUGGCUUCAUAUGACUGGUCGUUCCGAUAUUUAUUGGACCCACGGUCUCUCACGAUUGGAACUGAUGCGUUAUAG